AUGAAAUUUGGGGCUACAUUUACGAUUACGGCUCUCUCUUCUCUGUCUCUGUCUCUUUGUUUUUCGUUUUUCGUUUUCCCUCUCCUUCGUCUCCUUGGAGGGAAAAGCUUGCGAGCCAAAACAAUUCCCCCAAAUCCCUCUUCCAAUUCCCCCACAUCCCUCUCCUUCGUCUCGUUCGUUUUCAAAUCUAGGCUAGGGCUUUUCCCGGCCUCGCUCCGCGAUUCCACCUCCCCCAUUCCUCGUCCGCUUCCAGUGCCGGCGGAGCCGAAAUCGCUCUGGUUUCCUUCGCUCGAGACGACCUCCUUCGGCCGCUGCUCCACCCCCCCUUCGUCGCCCUCUUCCGGUGCCGGCGGAGCCGAAAUCGCUCCGAUUUCCUUCGUUCGGGACGACCUCCUCCGGUCGCUGCUCCACCUCCCCCAUUCCUCGCCUGCUUCCGGUGCCGGCGGAGCCGAAAUUGCUCCGGUUUCCUUCGCCCGGGAAGACCUCCUCCGGCCGCUGCUCCUUUCGGAGUCCGUCCUCGUUUCUUGCCUCUUCUUUCCCCUUGGUCUGGACCGCGAUUCUGGGGCGAAUUUCGAGCCAGCAUCAGCUCAGGUUUUAGGACCUUUGGAUAACAAGCCAUUCCCUGUGUUAUGGCAUGAAGAUAACAGUGGUAGGCGCCAGAAUGGAAGAGAAAGGCCAUCAGUACCUGGAGCAAUGGUCGGUCCAAUGCUGGGAGAAGCAGCUCAUCGUCUUGUCAAGAGUACACUAAAUAUCAAGUUGAACAACAAUCAAUCCUCUGGCAUCUUGGAACCACCACGCAAUCGAAACUUUCCAGGAUAUUAUGCAGUUAAUAGACCAAGACCAGCUGCUCCCUCUGGGUACGAAAGGGGCUUCAGUGAAGAUACCCACCAGUACCAUGGGAAUCACAACUACACUAUUAUUUGAAGUCAGUUUAGAUUAGGGGAGGGAUUGUUUAUAUUGAAACUCCAUUAUUGUAGAUUCUCUUUGGAGCUGCAAUGUUAAAUAUAUAUUUUAGC